CUUCUCUUUUGACUUGGACUUUCUCUCCCACACCACACCCACUCUCUCACGCAACACAACAAUCUCCCUCUCUUCUGCAACAAAACAAUAAUAAUACCACACACUCACAUACAUACACAACUUCCCUUCAACACCAUCCUAGCUACUUUCUCACUCUUCAACACUCAUGGGCGUAACGCGCCGCCGCAGACAUCACCAUCACUUCCAUUGGUUGCAAAUCUUCACCACCUUCACUUUUCUCUUCUUCUCUUCCACUUCAGCCAUUACCACUCUCACCCCACAUCCCAGUGGUGGGGCAGUGAAGCAGCUUAACCGGGAAGAGAAACAAAAUGGGUCAACGGUGGUGCCGGUGAACAGAGUGGUGGUGGAGGAGAAGAGGUUCGGCGGGCCGGGGUCGUCGCCGCCGUCGUGCAGAUCCAAGUGCGGCUGGUGCAGUCCUUGUUUUCCGGUUCACGUUCCGGUCCAACCGGGUUUGAUUAUUCGCCUCGAGUACUACCCAGAAGCGUGGCGUUGCAAGUGCGGGAACAAGCUUUUUAUGCCAUGACGUUAAUUAAUUAAUAGUAUAUAUAAAAAUCCUAGUACAAAAAAAAGAACACAAACGUUGUUAGUUGCCAGAACCGAACAGGAGAACAUUGCAGGCACUACCAGCAGCCAUCUUAAAUUUUCCCCUUUUGGGUUUUUUCUUCUUUUUUUUUUGUUUUUUUUUAUCUCAGUGUUGGGAUGUUUAUGAGUACUAUGUUUAUAGUAUUAUUAAUGUUUAUAGUUAUUGAUUUUUGGGUUAACCUUUCGAGGGAGGGUCAGACAGGAAGGGAGUGUUGGGAAUGUAAGAUAUAUGUUCAGGUGUGAUUACCGAGAGGAAUAUCUUAAACCUUUCUCUGCUUUAACACACACUACACUACUACUUUUCUCUAUAUUUGUAUAUGAUUUCAUUUCAUUCCCUUUUUGGUUUAUGUUAAUUUGUGGCACCUUGCAUUACCCUACCACCCUCUAUUAUUACAAGGUUGUAAAUUAUAAUUAUGAGUAGCUAGUUUCUCUUCAGAUUUGCGUUAA